UUUUAUAAGAUAAGUAUGGCUUGUAUAAUAUCAGCUUCGAAACUCAUAAACUAUUACGAAACUCAUAAACUGUGUCCAUCCAGUUGUUUUCAAUACACCUCUCUCUCUCUAAACGCGGACUUUCUUCUCCGACUGCUCCGGCGCCGUUUCACCACGACUCGAGGAAAUCAAAGGGAAAAAGAUCGAGAAAGUGCUCAAGCUCGUAAUGCCAAAGGCAAAAUUAAAGAUGAUGGGUUGACCCCUGAGCAGCGUCGUGAAAGAGACGCUAAGGCGCUUCAGGAGAAGACCGCGAAGAAGGCAGCUCAGGCGGCAGGGGUAGUGAUGCUGGAGCAAUCUCAGAUUAUACUAUUCUUGGUUGCUCCAGCUAAUGACUCGUCUCAGCCCAUGACUUCGACUGAUUCAGCAUCUCUAGCAAUAAAUCCACUGGAAGGAUGUGGUGUCUACGAGGCACCAAUGGAUCCACUUCUUCAACCAGAACCACAAUUCAGUGACAAUGAUGAAACUGAGUUAUAUUCUGUGUCCUGGAACCAAGAUUAUGGUUGCUUUGCUGCUGGCACCAGUCAUGGUUUCCGCAUAUAUAAUUGUAAUCCUUUUAAGGAAACAUUCAGGCGUGAUUUAAAAACUGGGGGGUUUAAGAUAAUAGAGAUGCUUUUCAGAUGCAACAUUCUAGCACUUGUUGGAACUAAAUUGAAUACCCAAUAUCCUCCAAACAAUGUUAUUAUCUGGGAUGAUUUUCAGAGCAGGUGUAUUGGUGAGUUUUCAUUUAGAUCUGAGGUUCGUGCAGUUAAACUAAGACGAGACCGUGUUGUCGUUGUUCUUGAGCACAAGAUAUAUGUUUAUAAUUUUAUGGAUCUGAAGCUUCUUCAUCAAAUAGAGACUUUGGCAAAUCCAAGAGGUCUUUGUUGUCUGUCUCAUCACCCAAAUACGUCUGUGUUGGCAUGCCCUGGUCUGCAACGAGGACAGGUUCGGGUUGAACAUUUUGGCCUGAACAGGACAACUUUAAUCAAUGCCCAUGAUUCUAAGAUUGCUUGCUUGACCUUGACAAUGGAUGGGCUUCUUCUUGCAACUGCCAGUCUGAGAGGCACUUUAAUAAGAAUUUUCAACACAAUGGAUGGAACUAGAUUGCAAGAGGUUCGCAGAGGGGUAGACAGAGCAGAUAUAUACAACAUUGCUCUGUCUCCAAAUGUGCAGUGGUUGGCUGUAUCGAGUGACAAAGGUACUGUUCACAUAUUUAGUCUCAGAGUACGGGGAUUCGGCAAUCACCGGUCAACAGAUUCCAUUGCUGCUAAAGGUCCAGUAUCGUUUAACCAGAGCUCACCCAAUGCACUUGAGCCCUUAAUCUCUCGAAGUAGUGGUGCCAAUCCCAGUUCAUCAUUUUCUUUCUUGAAAGGGGUUUUACCCAAGUAUUUUAGCUCAGAAUGGUCCUUUGCUCAGUUCCACUUGCCCGAAAUCACCCAGUUCAUGACAACAUUUGGUUCUCAGAACACUGUCAUUGUCGUAGGCAUGGAUGGGAGCUUCUACCGGUGCAGCUUUGAUCCAGUGAAUGGAGGAGAAAUGGUGAAACAGGAGUAUAUUCGCUUUCUGAAAACUGAAAUUGCAACUCGGUAGUACUCUCCUUCAAUUUCUCUGCAUUCUUUUUCCCUCUUCCUAUGUAUAUAUACACAGAUGAUCGAUUGUACAAGUGUAUAGUGAUUGUAGAUCUUCGAUUGUCUAAUUUUUGGUGCUGAUGUAUUUACCCAAAAAAUAAAUUUACUGCGCCAUGGUUACAUGCAAAUGAUAUACUUCGUACAGAAACAGCAGGGCAUUUUAGAAAGAAAAACUAUUGUUGACGUUUA